AUGGGGCUGGUGUCCAUGGAGAACGUCGAGGAGGUCGCUUGCCGCUGCCUCGUGCGCAACACGGUCCGCGUGGCCAUGGCAACGCAGCCCAGCUUGGAGUUCCUCUUCUCCGCGUACGACGAGGACGAGCGGUCGGCGUACAGUCCGCAGGCGUUCGAGAGGGCGAUCCGCGAGAAGCUGCGCGAGUUCGUGAGCGACCAGGCCGCGAAGAUGCUGCCGAAGUGCACCAUCACCCAGCAUCAACAAGGAGUCGACCUCUCCGUAGAGAUCACCGGGGAUGGCGCGGUCAUCGAGGAGAUCCGCGCCCGCGUGGACACGAGCCUGUCCGUGAUGAGCUACGAGGGUCGCUUGAUGGACAGCCACCCCACAGUCCUCGUCAAGAGGAACCUUCUCAUGCCGUACAUCGGCGUGCGCGGGAAGGGCGGCGGUCUCAAUUUCGCGGUCGACAUAUUGCAGUUCCGCGACGGCUUCAUCGGCACAGGGCUCGAGCAGGACCCGACCCCAGAGCGCAUGCUCUUCGGCAUCUUCGACGCUCGUCACCAGCCGCACCCGGACUUCUGGCGCAUGGUGCUGCCCAAGUUCGUGCAGAGCGCCAGCGUCGGCUUCACCUACGAGGUCAACAAGGAUAUAGCCAUGGUGCAGGCUCCUCAGCACUUCGCCCACCUGAAGGCGGAAGACGACGUCCUUGACGUGCUCAAUGGCGCCGCGUUCAACAUCAUGAACGUCAUCCGAAACAGGUGCGGCGGGGUGACCUCUUGCGGGACCAACGCGGUGUGGCAGAUCGAUGCGGUUGAUUUCAGUAGACAGACUGAGGAGUCUGUGCAUUUUGAAUACUUCGAGUCGCGUACCAAGAUUGAGGACACGGCCACCUCGCACCAGCAUUUCUGCCGGGGCAAGCGCAGCGUGUACGUGCAGGAGCAGGUUUGCACUGGAAUCGCCAAGGUGAACGCGGACUACCUCGGCGCUGUGCAGCGCUGGGCUGAGGGCGCAGUUCAGCUUUUCUGGGUGCAGUUGUUUGUUGACCGCACUCCGCAGCUGGUCAUCUUCGCCUGGUGCGUCCUAGGAUACUUUGGAAUUGUCUAUCAUUUUGUCUACGGAUCUUGGGCCAAGGACCUGCUGGGGUACAACAUGUUUUGUGACACGCCGGGCACCCCCACGAUCAUGUUCGGUGCGGACGCGAGCCUCUGUACUAGUUUGUACAGUGGAUUCAAGUUCUUCCUUGGACACAACAUCGACAGGGUGGUCUACAAGCUAGCAGAGGAGCAGUACAUGUUAUUGAUCGACGUCACCCUGACGUGGUUUGUAACCUGUUGUGGGAUGGCCCUCGCAACGGUGUUCCUGUCCUUCCGCGGUAUUAUGCCCAGCAUCGUCCGCCUGUUCAUCAUGACGGAGAACAUAACCUACUUCUGGACCUCCCUCGCGAUCUUCUUCUGGAUCUCGCUCACGGUCUUCAUGGUGAUCAGCACGACGCCGCCGUUGAUGUUCAACGUCAGCCAUUUUGCCAUAUACAUCAUUUUCAUCAAGAUCUCGGAGAACGGUAUGCUCCACUACUACAAGUCGCUCGGCGAGAGCAACGAGCUCGCCAUCUGGCGCGGGCAGCAGUCGUACAUGAUCUCUGCCCCACUAUAUGUGAUGUCCAUUGUUCAGGGCACCUUGGCAGCGUGGGGCAUUGCAUGGCGCAACACGGACAAGUCUUUCUGGAGUUCUGCCGACCACGGCGCCGACGUCAUUCGUGUCGCCACCAUGUGGGUGACAUUCAUCUGGCUACUGCUGCUUUUCUGCGUCGGCUUCACAGUCAUCAUGGCGACCCGCUUCGACCUCUUCCACGACAUCGGGGACAAGUUUGAGAGGCAGUGCCAGGUGUGCGCCUGCUGGAUGAUGUUUCUGGUGGCGCUGACCGUCUGGGAACCCCUGCUGAAGUUCUGGGGCUUCGAUGACAAGAUCGAGGCGAUGAGCAAUGAUAAGAAUUCCAACAUUGGCAGGUGGUGGGCCAGCUUCAACAUGUGGUGGCGCACCCGGGCUUGGAUCACUCGGUACGUGACCGACUUUGGGCUGCCCCUGCUCAUCCUGUCUGGCGCCACGGGCGGCAAGAGCAUCUUCGCCGCGCUCGCCUACGCCACCUCCGGCGCCGGCGCGGAGCGCUGA